AUGGCUCCCCGUGGUCGCGGAAAGUUCUCCAAGCCCUCUCGCGGAGGUGGAAAACGCUUCAGUCGAGACGUCCAACCCGUCGACAAAGACGGUAACCCUGUUGGCCUAUGGCGGGAUGCAGACGAGGACGUCCCCUCCUCGAUAGACGAAGAUGAAGAAGAAGGCAGCACAUCCGAGUCAGACUCGGACUCGGACUCUGAAGACGACAACAACAACAACACCCCAUCCUCCUCAAAACCCGGCCCCUCCUCUAUCCCACUCACAGCAGACUCUACCGCCUCAGCAGCCCCCGAACUCACCCGUGAAGAGCGUCGCGCCGCAGCCAAAGCCAAAAAGCAAGCUGCGCAAGCCCGGCGACUCCAAACCGCGGCGCAACCGGGCGAUUUACCCCCGUCCUCGUCGGAUGAGGAGGACAACUCUGACGGAUCGGAUGGCGAGGAUGAGGAUCUACCCGCGAACCCGAAUCAUACGAGUAAAUCUCGGUCUCAGUUGAGUAGUAGUAAUGCGGCUGGCGGUGCUGGUGCUGGUGCUGGCAAGGAUCAACAGGAUCUGUCGCAGCUUUCGCGACGGGAGAGGGAAGCUAUUGAGGCGCAGCAGGCCAGGGAACGGUAUAUGAAGUUGCAUGCGGAGGGGAAGACGGAGGAGGCGAGGGCGGAUUUGGCGCGGUUGGCGCUCGUGAGGGAGAAGAGGGAGCAGGAGCGGUUGAGGAAGGAGGUCGAGAAGGAGGAGAAGGCUGAGGCGGCGAGAAAGAGGGCGGAGGAGCUGAAGGCGAAGUUGGGGGCUAAGGGGGGUGGGAAGAAGGGGAAGAAGGGGAAAUGA